CUUCGCAGCCUUGCUCCUGUUAUGAUGACCCUCUGCCUGUUUGUUGACAUCUGCCUGCCUGCAUUAGCUCUUUAGUCUUGUACCUGCUCUUACUGCCUUCACGUCGAUGACUGUUUCCCCCUCCUCACCUCACUGACCCAUGAAAGAAGCCAUGCCGGUGCUCACAGCAGGAGCGGGGCUACAUGAAACGUUGGCCCUGCUGACCUCUCAGCUGCGGCCCGAUGCCAACCACAAAGAGGACAUGAUGUUCCUCAAAGAUGUCUUCAGUGAGAGGAGCCUGGGAUACCUCAUGAAGAUCCACGAGAAGCUGAGACAGUACGAGAGACAGAGUCCAACACCUGUCCUACACAGCGCCUCUUCUCUGGCAGAGGAUGUGGCAGAGGAGCUGCAGAGUGGGCCGAUGAGCACCGAGGAGAAGGAGCUGCUCCACCUGCUGACGUCGCCACAUCUCAAGGCCGUUCUCUCGGUGCACGACACUGUGGCUCAGAAGAACUUCGACCCCGUGCUGCCGCCGUUGCCAGAUGACUUUGAGGAUGAGCUAGAGGAGGAGUCAGUGAAGAUUGUCAGGCUGGUGAAGAACAAGGAGCCUCUGGGAGCCACCAUCAGGCGGGACGAAGCCACCGGGGCAGUGAUCGUGGCUCGGAUCAUGAGAGGAGGGGCAGCUGAUCGAAGUGGCUUGGUCCAUGUAGGAGAUGAACUCAGGGAGGUCAACGGAGUCUCUGUGAUCCACAAGAGACCUGAUGAGAUCAGUCAGCUGCUGUCCCAGUCCCAGGGCUCCAUCACUCUAAAGAUAAUCCCUGCCAUUAAGGAAGAGGACCGACUGAAGGAGAGCAAGGUGUACAUGAGGGCCUUGUUUGACUACAUCCCGUUGGAGGACAGGGCCACGCCCUGCCAAGAGGCGGGACUUCCCUUCAAACGGGGAGACAUCCUGCAGGUCGUGACCCAAGACGACCCCACGUGGUGGCAGGCCAAACGUGUGGGAGACAGCAACCUGCGCGCCGGACUCAUCCCCUCCAAGCAGUUCCAGGAGAGGCGACUGGCCUACAGGAUGAAAAUGGGCACGCUCCCGAAUCCAAAAUCCCCUAAAAAGCCUGUCUCUGACCAAGGAUGUGAUAAAGAGGACUGUGACUGUGAGGGCUAUUUCAAUGGACAGUACAUAGCUGGUUUACGGAGGAGUUUCCGGCUGAGUCGCAAGGACAGGCAAGGAUCGUCAGGAGAGGGCUCUGAUCCUGGAGACCCCGAGUUCCUGACUUAUGAGGAGGUGACCCGCUACCAGCAAAGGUCCAAUGAGAGGCCUCGCCUGGUGGUUCUGAUUGGUUCUCUCGGAGCACGAAUCAAUGAACUCAAACAGCGGGUGAUCGCUGAAAACCCUCAUCGUUAUGCAGUAGCUGUGCCCCAUACCACCAGGCCCAGGAAACCUCAUGAGAAGGAAGGGGUGGAGUACCACUUUGUCACCAAACAGCAGUUUGAUGCAGAUGCUUUGAACAACAAGUUCAUAGAGCACGGGGAAUACAAGGAGAACCAGUACGGCACCAGUAUAGAGGCUAUCCGCUCUGUACAGGCCAAGAACAAGAUGUGUGUAGUGGACGUGCAGCCUGAGGCCCUGAAGAGGCUGCGGACGGCAGAGUUCAAGCCCUAUGUCAUAUUCGUCAAGCCUCGUGUUCCCGAGAGCAGACGGCGCCGCAGUGCCGCCACCUCGCCGGGAGGGGGGGAGCACGGCCGCGUUACAGACGAGGACCUGCAGGAGAUGCGUCAGUCUGCCAUUCAGAUCGAUCAGCAGUACGGACACUUGGUGGACCGGGUCCUGAUCAAGGAGGACUCGGCCAGUGCCUGUGCAGAACUGCGAGGUAUUUUGGAAAGGCUGGAGCGAGAAUCCUUCUGGGUGCCUGUCAGCUGGGUGCGGACCUAA